CUUGCCUAGAGAAUUCAAGGGUUCACGGUCGAGACACUGCGGAGGUCGGCGCCCUACGAAAUGUUAAUGCCUCAUCUGAACAUCACACGACUGCUGGCGCUCGUUGGUCUGAGCUAAAAGGUCUCUAUCUCAAUUCACAGCACUACCCCGCCACCCCGCAACGCUCUCCGCAUAGACAAUGGCUCCAGCAACGGUAGACAGCGCGGUCGAGAAAGACAACCUUUUCAUUCCUCUCAUUGACUUCUCCCUAUUCCUCAAUGGCACUCCCGCGGAAAAGAAGGCAACUGCGGACGCUCUUUUGAAGGGCUUCCAGCAGGCUGGUUUCAUUUACCUCAAAAACCACGGCAUACCCCUCACAGAAGUCUCUAACGUCUUCUCUUCCUCGGCCGAAUUCUUUAAGCGCCCCCAGGCGCAAAAGGACGAGCUUGAGUGGUAUAGCGCGAAAGCCAAUCGCGGUUACACUGCCCAUGGCCGCGAGAAAGUCACACAACUGGCGGACAAAGGAGAUGUCGAGGCCCUACGCGCGGCCGUUCCAGACCUAAAAGAGAGUCUGGAGAUUGGUAGGGAAGGCGAAGAGGGGUGCCCCAACAUGUGGCCGGAUAAGUUUGACGAGGAGGGAAAGGCAUUUAAGAAAGUGAUGCUGCAGUUCCAUGGGCUAUGCAAGGGCUUGCACGUCGAGGUUAUGAGGGCAAUAGCUCUCGGAUUGGGCAUCGAUGCGGCAUGGUUUGACAGCUUUACGGAUCAGGGAGACAACACCUUGCGGUUGCUGCAUUAUCCAGCAGUGAAGAGGGAUGUCUUCAAGAGAGAUGACGGCCUACAACAGGUUAGAGCAGGCGAACACACAGAUUAUGGUUCCUUGACGCUACUCUUCCAGGACGAUCGAGGAGGUCUCCAGGUCCUCUCGCCCGACAAGACUUUUGUGGAUGCAACCCCUAUCCCAGGCACGAUUGUCGUCAACGCUGGAGACUUGCUCGCAAGAUGGUCGAAUGACAGUAUCAAGAGCACCAAGCAUCGAGUAGUAGAGCCUCCCCUGAAGAAGGGCCAAGAAAUUGGAGAUACUUACCCACCACGUUACUCGGUGGCGUACUUCUGCAAUCCCAACUUCGACAAAUUCAUUGACGCGAUCCCGGGAACGUAUGAGUCCGUAAGCAAGAAGUACGAGGGAGUGAACAGCGGAGAAUAUUUGGUCAGGAGAUUGGAGGCUACCUAUUGAGC